AUGAGGGAUGAGCUAGCCAAGAGCAUGUGGGUAUGGAUCAGAGAACAGAUGAACAUGAGUGGCGUCGUAGUACACGUCUGCUACAGGCCUCCUGAUCAGGAUGUGAAAGCAGAGGAAGCCUUUAGGCAGCUGGAGGAAACCUCAAAAUUGCAGGUCCUGCCUCAGACCAUUCGGCAAACUCUUCAAAGGACACUGCAGUACUUUGAGCAUCAAGUGAUUGGUUAUAGGGAUGCAGAAAAGAACUUUCACAAUAUAUCAAACAGAUGCUCCUAUACAGACUGCUCUGGCGAUGAAGAAACCGAAGAUGUCUCAGGAAUUCUCCAGUGUACGGCUAAUAUACUUGGUUUGAAGUUUGAGGAAAUGCAAGAAAAGUUUGGGGAGGAAUUCUUCAAUAUCUGCUUUGAUGAGAACGAAAGAGUUCUUCGAGCUGUAGGUGGGACCCUUCAAGACUUCUUCAAUGGCUUUGAUGCUUUACUGGAGCACAUUAGAACUUCAUUUGGAAGACAGGCCACUCUGGAAUCCCCUUCUUUCCUAUGCAAAGAGCUACCUGAAGGCAACCUCAUGCUUCAUUACUUUCACCCACAUCAUAUUGUGGGGUUUGCAAUGACGGGAAUGAUAAGGGCAGCAGCAAAGAAGAUUUACCGCUUGGAAGUGGAAGUAGAACAGAUCACUAAUGAUAAGUUAUGUUCAGAGGGGACGAACCCAGGUAAUUGUAGUUGUCUGACUUUCCUUAUCAAAGAACGUGAAAAUGCAAAUAUCACAAAAGCACUUCCACCAGGAACAUCCCAGUCCCCCUUGGACCUGAGGAUUAGCAUCAGCACCUUCUGCAGAGCUUUCCCCUUCCACCUGAUGUUUGAUCCAAAUAUGCUGGUUCUCCAGCUUGGAGAAGGUCUUAGGAAGCAGCUCAGAUGUGACACUCAUAAAACACUGAAAUUCCAGGACUGCUUUGACAUCGUUUCUCCUAAGAUCAGUGCUACCUUUGAACGAGUCCUCAUGAGAUUAUCUACUCCUUUUGUGAUUCGGACCAAACUUGAAGAUUCUGGCUCUGAAAAUAAAGAUAAGGUGAUGGAAAUUAAAGGACAAAUGAUUCAUGUGCCUGAAUCAAAUUCAAUUUUGUUCCUGGGUUCCCCCUGUGUGGACAAGCUGGAUGAACUGAUGGGCCGAGGCCUCCAUCUUUCAGACAUACCUAUCCACGAUGCUACUCGUGAUGUCAUAUUGGUUGGGGAGCAAGCAAAGGCUCAAGACGGCUUGAAAAAACGAAUGGAUAAACUGAAGGCAACGCUAGAAUGUACUCACCAAGCCCUGGAAGAGGAGAAAAAGAAAACUGUAGAUCUUCUGAUUUCUAUUUUCCCUGAGGAAGUGGCUCAGCAGUUGUGGCAGGGGCAGCAAGUUCAGGCCAGGAAGUUCGAUGAUGUCACCAUGCUCUUCUCGGACAUCGUGGGCUUCACUGCCAUCUGCGCACAGUGCACUCCCAUGCAGGUCAUCAGCAUGCUGAAUGAGCUCUACACUCGAUUUGAUCAUCAGUGUGGAUUCCUAGACAUAUACAAGGUGGAAACAAUAGGUGAUGCAUACUGUGUUGCAGCAGGGCUGCAUAAGAAAAGCCUUAGUCAUGCUAAAGCCAUUGCCCUGAUGGCGCUGAAGAUGAUGGAGCUUUCAGAAGAGGUUCUCACACCAGAUGGGAGCCCUAUUAAGAUGAGGAUAGGCAUUCACUCAGGAUCAGUUCUGGCUGGUGUCGUCGGUGUAAGAAUGCCACGUUAUUGUCUCUUUGGAAACAACGUCACCCUUGCAAGCAAGUUCGAGUCAGGAAGUCACCCACGUCGCAUCAAUGUCAGUCCAACCACAUACCAGCUUUUGAAAAAGGAAGAAAACUUUAUUUUUAUCCCUCGUUCCCGUGAAGAGCUUCCAGAAAACUUUCCAAAGGAAAUUCCUGGGAUCUGUUACUUCCUUGAGGUCAGAAGUGGUCAGAAGCAGCCAAAACCCUCCAUCACAUCUGCCAGAGUGAGAAAGGUUUCUUAUAACAUUGGCACCAUGUUCCUCCGGGAGACUAGCCUAUGAGGCCUGCUGCAGAUCAAAGACUCGUCAAAAAAGCACAAGCCCAGAACUGGGUCAUGACAGGGGAGUAGGAGGUUCUUUCUAUUUCACUGCCUUGUUCUGAACAAGCAGUAAAAGCUCCGUGUAAUGUCAGGCAAUAAUCAUUUAAAAAGUGCGUGACUGCUGCCAGUAAACAAAGUGGAGAUAGGGAAAAAGUAAUUACAUAAUGUACUUCCACUUCCAGAGGAAUUUUGUUCAUAAAUUUCAGUCUGGUCCCUUUAUAACAAACAGAAAAAACCAAAACAAACAAAAAACAACCCUAAAUGUAGAGGUUGGUUUUGUUUUGUUCAGAAAUGGUGAUGGUUCUCUGUAGAUUUGCACCAGCUAAGCAGAAUUGAGAGUCAGUUCUGAUUAUGCAUUCCUACAUUUAAUGUGUUCUUCAGUAACUUAAUGAUGUUUUUUAACUUUAUGAACAAACAUUUCAUACAUGUACUGUAGAGUUGCUGUAACCUUCCUGGCAGGAGGAAUUAUAAUUCAGUACAAAUAUUAUAGGGAUUUUACCUAUUUUUAUACAUAUUUCACUUUCUGGAUAAUUACAUUCCACAUACUGUAAGCUGAGUGAGCUUAGCUAGCUUUUCAGAAAGCUCCUGUAUAUUUCAUAUAUUCAACCUAUCAAAGCUUAUUGUUAUACAAGUGGGAAGAAGUCUUUUUUUGACUUUUUUGGCAACAACAAUAUUGAUAUUUUACAAAAGAAAACACUUUGGUUAAUCUCUUUACCUGAUGUUUAUGGUAAAGCUUUAGAUGAGCAUUAUCUUGCUUAUAUAAAGUAAUGUUCAGUAUUUGUUCUUCAAUGCUGUGUUUCCAGUCUUUGCAGGACAAUGCAAACAAAGGAUAAGAUAGUGUAUUGACCAAAAAAAAAAAAAAAAGUUCCCCUUUACACAGUCGGGCUUGUUUCGCACCAAAUUAUCAGCCAAAUUAAUUUUUGAUAGAAGCCCUGCACCUAGACUUUUAUGAAAAAUUUGAUGGUGUGAAGAGUUCUUUAGAGAGAUUCCAGCAGGCAUCGGAAACUCUCUGGAUACUGGUUUUCUCCAGUUUUUAACGGUACUUAUGCUCCAACCCCACUUAGGAGGUUUUUGAAAAUCCUAUCUGUUAUUAAUGAUGCUCAUCUGGAAGUUUCCUUUGUUGCUGGACUGGCUGAAAGGCCCGCUGCUUUUUCUAAUGUAGACCAGAAACUGCUGAAAAGAGGGGAGCAGAGGGAGAAAAUACUUUCCCAGGUUUACUGCAAAUGGCAAUUCAAGGUUUAGAUGAGUUCAUGUAAAUAAAAAUAAAAGGCCAAUUCUUUGCUGGUGGAAAUCCAUAUAAUUUUAUUGUCUUCAAUGAUUCCAAUUGGAACAAGAUGUGGAUCUGUCCCGCGGCAGGAACAUUUUCAGGCACUGUUCAUGUCUCAGUUUUUUUAUUUUAAAAAAUAAUGAUGGUCAAUUUUAGUCUGCAAACAUACUUCCCUUGGGGUCCUAUUUCAGCAAGCCAAUAUUGUUCUGCUCUUGCAUUAAGCAGCAUAUUAGUUAAAAUUUGAGCAGUGAUUCUGAAGCAGCAUAGCUUUAAAUGGACCUGAUCAAAGCUCACUGAAAUCAAAGAUAAGAUUCUCAACAAUGAGAAGCUCAGUAUUUUUAUAAUCCAGAUGAGAAAUUAGAGGUGUACUUAUGGAUUUAGGAGUACUUGAGGUACCUUAGGAGUACUUGAGGUACCUUUUAAAAUUAAGUAAAUAACAUUCACCAGGUGUCCACAUUAUCCAAUUAGAUCUUUCUGUGGAGGGAAUGACAGUGCUGUAAUUCUCUCUUUUGGCAGUAUUCUGUGUAAAGGUGGGGAUGAGCAAGCAUAGCAUUCCUGAAAGUGUCUCAGGCUUCUUUGCCAUGAAGCCUGACUGCAUGAGAGAGGACCAUCUCGAACCCACAGAGACUUCAGCAUGUAGACUAACUCUGAACUCAUCAUGCAGUUUUUCUUGACCAAAAUGGGUAGCUGUGUGGGUAGCCUAGAAUAUUACUUAAAUGGGAAUUCCCUCGCUUUAUAGGGGAACACUAAUCUUAACGAUUCUCCUCAUGGAGCACCUCCAGGACUGAAGGUUUUCAUCUUCCGUUUGCCUUGCUAAAAGCUUUUGCAGUUCCAUUGCCUAGCUGAAAACUGCCUUGAUGAAGACUCUUUGAGCUUGAGGUGGAAGAAUUUCUAUCCAAACUGAUGAUCUGAGAUUUUUCUGUGUAGGAGGACAAGUUUUACACUUACUACACAUUAGUUUCACAGAAUCACAGAAUGGCCAAAGUUGGAAGGGACCUCUGGACAUCAUCUAGUCCAACCCCCCUGCUC